CUGAAGAGCAGCUGGAGAGCAGUCCUCCAGCCCUGCCUGCCUGCCUGUGCUAAGCAGAGGACAGCCACGAACCUUGCAGGCUUUAGCCUAGAACCACCCCAAGGCCCGGAGGCACACUGGCACUAGAACUGAUUUUCCAGGUCACAUCUUUUACCACGGGCACAGAGAGUAGGAGCAGGUGAGACCAGCUGAUGCCUGGCUGCCUAAAUAAUGGAUGAAACACCAAGGCAGGACAGAUUUGCUUCAGAUUUGGUUGCAGAAGAGACUCUGGAUCCCACUGCAAGAUGGGAGGGUUUGUUUUCUGCUUCUGCUUUGCUGAAACCACGAGCAAAGCAGUUCAGAUCUGGAGAGUCUCAGUUCCUAUAAUUUCUAGCAAGGAAAUAUCGGGCAGGAACUCUGCUGAAAUAUGCUUAGCACAGCUGGAGCCCCUCGUCACAGCUGUAAAAGAGGCAAAUAAAAAUAACAUUUGUGCUCAUCAGCAGUGUCCCAUUGGCUUCUCUCAGCACUAUUACUCAGCUGCCUUUGAGACAGAUAUUAUCAAAUCCUGCUCUUCUUCUGAGCACCCCAUUAAAAGGGAUGGGCAAGAGCAUUCCACCACUUCUGACACAGCCUAUUAUUUUUUCCCACCCUUCUCUCAGAGGCAGCAUGGACAUCAAGGAGUAUUUUGCCAGAAUUUCUUACCAGGGCUCCCACAACAAGCCAGACCUGGCUACCAUGACAGAUAUAUUCCAGCACCACAUCCGAGCUGUUCCUUUUGAAAACCUCAGCAUCCACUGUGGAGAAAGAAUUGAGCUGGACCUGGAAGCGAUCUACAACAAGAUAGUGAAGAAGAAACGUGGGGGCUGGUGCAUGGAAAACAACAACAUACUGUCAUGGGUCCUGAAAACUCUUGGCUACAACGUCACCCUGCUGGGAGCAAAAGUUUAUGUCCCAGAGUUUGAUGCCUACCCAGAAGAAAUUGAUCAUCUGCUGCUACGAGUGGACCUUGAUGGCAAAUCCUACAUUGUGGAUGGGGGAUUUGGGAUGGCCUACCAGCUGUGGCAGCCAAUGGAGCUGAUUUCAGGGACAGAUCAGCCUCAGACUCCCGGGGUCUUUCGUUUUCAGGAUGAGAAUGGGACCUGGUAUCUGGAGAAAGUGAAAAGGAAGCAGUGUGUUCUGAACCCAAGCACCUCGACUUCCCCAAAUGUGGAAAAUGAAGUUUGCCGUCGGAUUUAUCUCUUUACUCUUCAGCCACGAGACAUUGAGGAGUUCAGGGGCUGCAAUUCCCUCCUGCAGACAGCACCUGACUCUCUCUUUGUGACAAAGUCCAUCUGCAGCCUGCAGACUGCUGAUGGCAUCCGGGCACUGGUGGGAUGGAAACUCACAGAGAUAAAAUACAAUUAUAGGGACAAUAUGGAUCUUGUGGAAAUCAGAAUCCUUGCAGAUGAAGAAAUAGAGAAAACAUUAAAGGAGAAAUUCAAUAUAACACUAGACAAGAAAUUUGUACCUGUCAAUACGAGCAGGUUAUCUCUGUUCUAACUCAGUGCCUGGAUUACAAUUCAAUUCAGUGGCAUUACAGGCAAUUCUUCCCUCUCUUUCUGACAAGCAUCCAAAGGUUAAUCUUUCUCCUUCCAACUACACCAGUGUAAGGCAGAACAUACUAGCAAGAAUCUGGAAAACAAAUGGAUUUUCACAACUAUUCCUGCAUUUCUUUUAGGCUGGGUACAAUUAAUGUCUGCCAAGCUCAAUCAAAUCGUUACCCUUCUGUUUGUGCUUAGCAGGAAGCAGACUCAGCCCAUUCCCUACUCCUUUCAUCUCUUAAAAGCUUUUCUGAACACACCCAGUGGAGUUGGGCAGAAUGAUGGAGCUGUAUGUCUUGGUCUUUAGUACCUGGUGCAGGUAAUAAGAGGCAGAUAUCCAGGCCUUUUCCCACCUUGGGAAAAUGAUACCUGCCUCUUAAAUGAAUACUAUAUUCUUUUGGGAGUGUAAUAGCCAAGACCACAAAGACAUCCUGUGCUGAGUUCCUCCUGUCGAGCCAUAAGCCUGUUCUCCUUGCUCUCACAUCCCCAACACCCUCUCACAUGGCACUCAGGCCAUCCCACACCUGUGCAAAGUCACCGUGUGACCACUUGAUGACAGGUUAGUUAUGACUCAGAACUGAGGAUAAGAAAUGUUAUUGACAAUUCUGUGUUGUUUCAGACUUUGCACAGCUCCUGUUGUCUCAGUGACAUAACCAAAGAGCAGCAUUUCUUUGAACUGAAAGCAUCUCCUGAGCAUUUUAUUUGCUCCCACUCCACAGCAGACUGUUCCUCUCCUCAGACUCUACUCUGGGUGCUCUUGCACGUUAAUUAUUACAGCAGAACCCAAACACAUGCACAGAAUUCUUUUUGUGAAACAUAUCUGUUCUACUGAGGAUGUGUUUGCAGCGAUACUAAUUAUAUUGAUACAAGGAGAAAUUAUGAAUGUUAAUCAUGUACCUAAGGGCUAAGAUUUCUAGUAGGAGAAACGACUCAAAUGUGACCCCUUUGCCCUUUGAGAAGAUGCUUGAUGUUCCUUUAUGUACAAAUCUUGGAAGCAUUAAAACUAUGCACUUAUAAUUAAACAAAUUAAUGGCUUACAAUUAAAUAAAAUAAUCAAGCACUGUGAA